AUGAGUUUCACUCUACCACCUAUGAAACUUUAUCUUAUGGAUAUAGAUGAAGCUAAUAAACAUGAAUCAAUUCGAAAUGUUGGACAUCCAGCAAUGUCAUGGCCUUUCAGUAAAGUAUUUACUGGUAUGAGUGGUAAAGGUAAGACAAAUAUAGUUGGAAAUCUUGUUCUGGGAGAUAAAGCUGAAAAUAUAUACAAAAGUAAAAAAGGAGGAUCCCGAUAUAUUAAGUGUGAUAAUUUGAUAGUUUGUGGAUUUCAUCCAGAUGAGCCAAAAUGUGCAUUUAUUAGAUAUAUGUAUAGAGUAAUUGCAGGUAAUUCUAAAGCACCUUACUAUAAAAAUAUAAGAUUUAAAUAUAUCUCACCUGAAAAAAUUUCUAGUGUAAAAUCAUUUUCUCCAGAGAGGAGUACUGUAAUUAUUUUUGAGGAUUUAUGUGUAGCCCCCAAGGGCAGUAGUUAUCAGGAUGUGUCCAAAAUAAUUGGACGAUAUACUGAUAAUGUUAAGAAUGCAUCAAUGGUUAUUAAUAGUUACUUUCAAAAAAAUGAAUUUAUUGUAUUUGAUCUUACUAGGUCAGAGGAUGAUCUAUUAGCAAUUUGUUUAAGAUUCGAUACUCUACUAGAUUUGUAG